AGCAUAAGCACAUUGAAAACACCUACCUUCACAUUCUCAAGUACUUAAGAUCAUUACCUUUGCUUUCCGAGUUCUCUCAAAUCUUUUCCGUCUUCCCUUUUAUACAUCCGUAAUAAUAACAAUGGCUAUCCACCUGGCUCGUAUCGUGUGCUCUAAGAAAGUUCCCAAGGGCUACUUUGCAGUUUAUGUUGGAGAGAACCAGAAGAGGUUUGUGAUAUCAGUGUCAUUCUUGAACCAGCCUUCGUUUCAAGAUUUGCAAGGCAUGUCAGAGGAAGAGUUCGGAUAUAGGCUUCCUACGGGAGGUCUCACGAUUCCCUGCAAUGAAGACAUCUUUCUUGAUGUUACCUCUCGUUUGAAUUGAUUGUGAGACAGUUAA